AUGAAGCACACCGGUUGUGGGGAUUUUUAUGGCGAUGAAAGUUACUUCAAUUCACGGAUCGAUAUUGGUGAUGAAGGUGAAGAGGUGAAAGAUAACUUUACACAAGAAAGUGAAGGUGGCUACGAAGAUACAUCUAAUGAAAAUGAGAGUGAAAAUGAAUCAGGUCAAAGUCUUGAUGAUUGUGACGGUACGAGAUCUGAUGAAAAUGAAAGUGUCAACAAUAGCAUUUUAUAUUCACCUGGUGGAUCUAAUAAGUUGUGGAAACCUAGUGUCGCGAAAGAAUUUAUGCCUGAUGAGCAGGUUACAUUCGAAUCACUAACACAUGCAAUCAAUAUGUAUAGAAAAUAUGCAGAACAUGCUGGGUUUGAUGUUCGGUUGAACACAACUACAAGGUUUCGGCAUGACAAAUCAAUAAUGAAGAUAAAGUAUGUUGUUUUCAAUCGCGGUGGUAAAAUACCAGAUAGAAGCCUGGAUACAAUGGAUACAAAUAAUGGUGGAAGGAAACAUAGGAAUUCAAACUUUAUUGUAACGGAUUGUAAAGCAUUGAUAAAUUUCGAACGUUUUAGUAUUGGAACAAAUGAGUUUCAAAUUAGAGUUUCAAGAGCUGCACAACCACCCUACAAGGAGUUUAUUAUACGCGCAACAACAACAAAUGUGGGUGCAACAAAGGCGCAUAAACUUCGUGCUGUGUUAAAAGGUGGAUAUGAGUGUGUUGGUCCCGAAGAGAGUGAUUACAAAGAUUGUAGGAAAAAAUUGGGUAACAUUAUAGGCAACAAGGAUGUGCAAUUGGUAGUGAAUAAAAUGAAUGAGAGGAAAACAUAUUAUCCAGAUUAUUCCUUUGAGUAUAAAUGUGUCGAUAGCGUGUUAAAUGCUAUGUUCUGGGCUGAUGAAACAGAUAAGGUAUUCUACAAGGAGUUUGGAGAUUUGAUAUCUUUUGACGCUACCUUGCGAACAAAUAAGUAA